CGAUAGAGUUGAAAAGCGCAGAACAAAAGAUGGUCGCCUGACUUCUUGAGAGUAUAUAAUGGAUAUUUCAAGCAGUGGACUGCAUUCAGAGGAUUUGGAAAAUUUGAUUGAAUCUAAUUCAAACAGAGCAACCAUCCAGUUUGAUGAAGUCAUCGGUCACAUUGAGGAUAUCAUUAUAGGUCCUACCUUCAAAAAUAUCCGAGAUGCGUUCAUGGACCAAAAUUACUAUCACUUUGAAGACUCCGAAGAAAACAAACUAAUUUACACAGACAUCUUCCAGAGCUAUAUUCAGUUGGUUGAAGCACAUUUAGAGAGCGAAUUAACAAGGAGAAUCCCAGAACUCAAUUUUGCGUCAUUUUUCAACGAGAUUGGCCAUCAUAAAAAUGAAUUGGAUGGAGAAGUUUUCGAGCUGCUGCGGAGUUUUGCAGACUUUUUGUCUUUCAAGCAAAUGAUGAUCGACUACAAAUGUGCUAAACUAUCUGACGAGUUGAGUGGUGCCAUUGUUGUGGUUGGAUCAGCAAUGAAUCGGAAUCAAUAAAUUUUUCCUCGUCUCUGCAAUUCUCAAUUGAAUUUUAAUAUUUGCCAAAAUAUUUGCCACAAAAAAGAAUUCGAAUAAAAUAUGGACGGGAAUAUUGCAGGAGUAAAAUUCAAAAUCUUAUUAUAAUUAUAAUAUCCAUAAUAUUAUUUGUUAAAUUUAACAGUGAGGGUGCGAACUGCGCACAGUAAAAGAAUUAAAACAACGUGUGUUAGAAAUUCGCGUUGUGUUUUAUGCGUAUUGGGCUCUAAAAGUACACUCUAGAGCAAAUGUAAAAUAAAGUAUGCAAAUACAGGCAAAUAUUUUCUUCACUCAUAUAUGCGGCGCGCAUCUGGCUAUCAUCCAGCAGUUGUCUAACCUCGAAAUCAAUUCCCGCAAUUAUUCCCCUUUAAAA